AUGAAUAUCAUGUUUCCAGAAGUAGAAUUGUCUCGGGAGGUGACUAUAUGUGCCAAAAACUUGAAGGGCCAAUCACUACACCAACAGAUUCUUCGUAGACUACUCCAAGAUCUAGUACGCGAGAAAGCAUGCAAGGAACACGGAUUCUAUCUUGGCAUCACCGCCAUAAAAACCAUCGGUAAAAAUAACAACAGCAAUGAUAUUCAUGGAGUAGACGUGCUCAGAAUUCCGGUCUCCUUCACAUGCCGCACAUUCUUGCCUGUACGAGGAGAAAUAUUGCAAGGGGUAGUGGACAGAGUGUAUUGGAGCGGCGUUAUCAUCAGGUCUGGCCCACUCAGAUACGCAUACCUCUCUACCUUGAAAAUGCCGAAGUACCAGUAUGUUUCGACAGAGCCAGAGGGCGAUAAGGCAUAUUUUCAGAAAGACGAUCUCUCCAAGAUAGCUGUUGGAGUUGUUGUGCGGUUUGCGGUGAUGGACGUGCGGUUUGAGGAGAUACCAAACAAUAGAAGAAACGAUAUUUACGUUCUGGCAACUAUGGAAGGCGACGAUGCACUUGGUCCCAUCUCUCUUACAGGACCCGAUGAGCCAUAUAUGUGA